AUGGCCACUACAGCGGACAUUCACCGGUUCUUGGAGCCGCUGAGCAUCGAUGUCGACAGGUCGUACGAGCUAUCGCGCAAGUUUCUGGCCAAUUUCAGGCAUCUGGCUGCGAAUUCGAGAGACCAAUGGCUGCCCACGCCGAUAUCUGAUGGAGGGACUAAUCUCAGAGUCGGCUUCGUCGAGCUGCAUGGUGAUGCCCAAGAUCCUUCAUCACGUAUCCAGCGGCCACUGGAGAAAUCAUGGCCCAUAGACCAUCAUCUCAAGAACGAUAACGCAGAUAGCCUCUUCUCAUGGGUUGGAAGAUGCAUCGCCGAAGUUGUAGAGGAGGGAUGCAGAGUCUUUAACAUAUCCAAGGAUGAACCCCUGGCUCUAGGUGUCACAUUCAGCUUCCCCAUGGAGCAGCGGUCUGUCUCUCACGCCCUGUUAAAGGACAUGGGCAAAGGAUUUGCUCUACCACCUGGUAUUGAUCUAGGCGCUCACAUCGAACAAGGCUACGAAAGUUGUCGAACGUCUGAGCUGCCACCUGUCAGAGUCACCGCCAUCGCCAAUGACACAGUCUCCACGCUUGUAUCGUGCCUCUUCAGCUACGGCGGCACAGAGCAUCGACGAGCCGCCAUGGCUAUAAUUUUGGGAACGGGAACCAACGCCACGAUACCCAUGAAGCUAGACCUUUUGCAUCCCAGUAAACGCCCUCAGACAGUGAGUGUCCUUCCAGGCGAGAGUGUAGCGGAUGCCAAGAUUGCAGUCAACACAGAGUGGAGCAUCAACGGCUCGCUGCCACCGAUGAAGGAAAUGAAUCUAGUCACCAAAUGGGACGACGCCUUGUCUUCCCAGAAUGAGAGGCCAGGAUUUCAGCCGUUAGAGUACAUGACCGCGGGGCGGUACCUGGGCGAGCUGGCUCGAAUCAUCUUGGUCGAUUACUUGGUUAAUAAGUUGAACGUGGCUACUGAGGCGUUGCCGCGGAAGCUCUUAGAGAAGGAGAGCUUGACGACGACGUUUCUAAGCCAUUUCAAGCCGUUAGAGCCACCAUCUGCCCUGCUAGAGAAGCUUAGACGGCAGAUCCCCGAAGACGCAGACUCCUCUUUUACGUGGACGGAAGACCUGGCUACGGCCUUGUAUCACAUUGCAAAAGCCAUCGAGGUCCGAGCUUCGGGCAUAAUCGCCGCCGCCAUUAUCGCCCUGCUUACACUGGCGGAUGAUCUACCCGAAGAUGGGGUAGCGAUGGCAGAUUCGAGCUCUCCAAUUCGCGAGCUUGGCGUGGGUUACACCGGCGGUUGCAUCGUGCACUUUCAAGACUAUCUUGCAGACUGCCAGCAAUUUCUCAAUCAGCUACUGUCCCGCAGAUUUGGGGGCGAAGCUCGGCUGCGGGUAGUGCUGAGGCCUUGCCACGAUGGCGGUGUUACAGGAGCGGGUAUCCUGGUGGUUGCAGAGGCGUCAUCUAGUAAGAAGUCAGAGCUGGGGGUUGAAGAAGCAUUAGCGGCGGGACGGGUGCAUCUGACCUCGACUUAUUCAGCUACAAGCCCGCUGAUAAAGAAACGAAAAUUUUAUACAAUCUUCAUUAGCACAACAGCCCGUCUCCAAAUGGCUCGAGAGGGGCCCCAAGCCGGGCUGGGUCCGGACUCGGAGACACACACAAGUAUAAGCCAUAUAGAAGAUGAAGAAGAAGGCAUUCUCCCAACUCGAAACAACCUCAACAGCAGCAACAACCACAGCCACAUAAAAUACAAUGACAACGACACAAACCAGCCCUUCACCGAGCGCUCUCCCCUCCUCCCUCGGCGCAACAGCUCAGCUUCAGCCACCUCUUCCACCGCCGCAAAGUCCUUCAUCUUCCUGGGCGAAUCCUCCCCAACUCGCUUCUGGCUCAUCUUCGCCCAGAUCCUCGUCUCCCAGUUCAUGGCCAGCUUUGACGGCACCCUCAUGGCCUCAUCCCACCCGGUCAUCACGUCGCACUUCGGGGCCGCCAACUCGGCGUCCUGGCUAUCCACCGCCUUCUUGCUCACGUCGACGGCGUUCCAGCCGCUGCUGGGCAGGUUGUCUGACGCCAUGGGCAGGAAACCCUUAUUCAUAGCCAGCCUGGGCGUCUUUACUGUUGCGACGAUUGGGUGCGCCUUGGCGGGAAGUAUCGAGAGUUUCAUAGCAGCGAGAGCGCUUUGCGGACUUGGCGCUGGAGGGGUGGCCGCGCUGGGGAGUAUCAUUACGAGCGACCUGGUGCCGAUAGAACGCCGAGGCACCUACCAAUCCUAUGUCACCAUCAAUUUCGGCGCCGGCUCUGCCCUCGGAGCUGCCCUCGGCGGCGCCAUGGCCGAGGCGCUCGGCUGGCGAUGGGAGUUUGGCGUCCAGGUUCCGCCGCUGCUCCUGUGCAUGGCCAUGUCCGCGGUCGUGAUCCCAGAUAAUAUCGGGCUGCAGGGCCCGCGGCGAGGCAUCUUUGAUGCGAUGCGCCAGUUUGAUUUCAAGGGUUCUGCAUUGUUGACGGUGUCGACGACGACUGCAAUCCUGGGAUUGAGCUUCGGCGGCAACAUCUAUCCAUGGACUCAUCCUGUUGUCAUCACUGCUUUAUCCGUCGCGGCCGUUGCCUUCCCAUCCUUCCUCUGGUUUGAAACUCGCGUCCCCAAGCCCAUCAUGCCCGUCCAUCUCAUCCAAAAAUCUCCUCGGGCGAACCUCAUUUUUGCAAACUUCAUCGCAGCUGUGCUCGCCAACGCCAUUAGCUUCAACAUCCCCUUAUACUUCCAAGCCGUCCUCCUCUCUAGCGCCACCUCCUCCGGCCUCCGCCUCGUCAUCCCCUCCGUCGUCGCGUCCAUCAUCGGCGCCUUCACCGGCUUCUCCAUAACCUGGACCCGACGCCUCAAGUGGCCCGUCCUUGCCGGCACCGUCUGGUAUGUCAUUGGCAACCUCACCCUCUGCUUCCUCCGCCGCGGCAUGCCGGAAAUCGUCUACCUCCUCGCCCUCAUCCCUCAGGCUAUCGGACAGGGAUUCCAGUUUCCGGGCACCUUCAUAGCCAUCCUUGCGUGCGGCGAGCAGGCCGAGCAGGCCGUCGUCUCGAGCACGCUUAUUCUCUGGCGGUGCUUGGGUCUGGUGCUCGGCAUUGCCCUGAGCAGCCUCGUCAUCCAGAAUGGGUUGGUUUACUACCUCAAUGAAUUCGUACGCGGCGAGGACAAGCUGGAAAUCAUCAGGCGUGUCAGAGCGUCCGUCGAGGCCGUCGCCGAGCUAGAAGAGCCGUACAGGGAACAAGUGAUUCGUAGCUAUGAGGCGUCGCUAAGACUGACCUUUAUCCUCUGCACCUUGCUGGCUGCUGUUUCUGUAUUUAUUAUUCUGCCCAUUAAGACGCCGCGUUUAGCACCAGUAAAGCGCAAGUCGUGA